UUUAAAAGUGUGGAAUGCUGUUUAGAGAAAAUACUACUUUGACCACAGUGGUGCGGGGGCUGGGUGAGUAGACUGGCCACUCUGAAGCUUUUGAUCAUUUUACUUUUAGCUGAUAAAAUCAAAUCAGUGAGUGAGAGAUUUCCCAUUCACUAAGCUCAGAUAAAUAGUUUUCCUGUCUGCUCAUAAAUUGAGAGAUGGUGUAUCCAAUAGUCUUACUGUAAGUCACUCUUGGAUGGAAAAGUUGCUUGCUGGAAAGGAGGCUUAUACUUUCAGGGCUAGAAGCUGAAGUUUUUGAAUUCUGACUCCGUCCCACUGAGGGACCAGCUCGCUCUGCCCCAUACAGAGCUCAACCCUACCACUCUGGUGCUAAGCUGAAGACUUUAAGAGGGAUACAACGUCUCAUAAUCUGAAGAAUUUCAGAGCAUUGUUUCCUCCCUCAAGAGCAGGCAGGUAUUUUUCUAAGAAUGGGAGACUAUGAUGAAGACACUGCAUUCCUUGGACAGACUGGUCCCUACUUCUGGACCACAUUCUUUCUCCUAAACACAGUCUUUGUCUCCACUGGAUUCAAUGGACUUUACAUCGUCUUUGUUGGAGCGACUCCCAAACACCACUGUCUCAUUCCAGACGUCAACUUAACCGAGGAGUGGAGAAAUGCCAUCAUUCCCUUUACGAUAGUGGACGGUGAAGAGGUACAGAGCCAGUGCAGCAGAUAUAGGCUGGAUGUGGUUAGAAACCUUUCUGCUGAAGGAUAUAUUCCUGGAAGGGAUGUCAACCUCACUAACCUGGAGCAGGAGAGAUGUUUGGAUGGAUGGAACUACAGCAAAGAAAUCUACCAAUCCAACAUAGUCACUGAGUGGGACCUUGUUUGUGACGACCAGUGGAAAGUUCCCUUUGCAUCCUCAACUCUUUUUGUGGGAUACCUUGUUGGAUCCUUGAUCUCAGGACAGCUCUCUGACAGGUUUGGGAGGAAAAAGGUUGUUUUCAUCUCUCUUGGGGCCCAGUGUUUCUCAGUUCUGCUUCAGUCCUUCUCUCAUUCAUGGAGGAUGUUCUGUAUCAUGUUCCUGUUUGUUGGAGCCUCUCAGAUAUCCAUCUAUAUUUCUGCAUUUGUACUAGGAACGGAGGUGUUGAGUAAGACUAUGCGAGUGCUCUUCACAACUCUUGGGGCCUUCCUUUUCUAUUGCAUCGGGUACAUGACACUACCUUGGAUUGCAUAUGGCAUCAGAGAAUGGAGAACUCUGCUUGCCGUUCUGGCCACAACUGCCGUGGUCUACAUCCCUCUGUGGUGGUUCAUCCCAGAGUCUCCUCGGUGGUUGAUAACUCAGGGAAGAGUAGAGGAGGCUGAGGCCAUAGUGAGAGAUGCUGCAAGGAAAAAUAACGUUGAAGCUCCAUCUGUAAUUUUUAAAGAAACUGAGCUACAGUCGAUGCCUCCAAGCAGGACGUAUACUAUGCUUGAUGUUCUGAAAUCUAAGAACAUCAGAUGCAUUACACUGAUGUGUCUCCUUUUGUGGAUGGCAAUAAACAUUGGGUAUUUUGGUUUAUCCCUGAACACCUCCAACCUGAGCGGAAAUCCCUUCAUGAACUGUUUUUUAUCAGCAACUUCCGAGGUCCCUGCUUAUGUUGUUUCUACUUGGCUGCUUAAGAAAUGUCCACGAAGAGCACUUCUGUCGUCGUUCCUCGUCAUUGGAGGAGGAGUUCUUCUGCUCAUCCAAUUCAUCCCUGAUACCCUUCAGAAUGUUGCUCUGGCUCUGGAAAUGACUGGGAAGUUUGGCUUCACCAUAGCCUUCAGCAUCGUCUACAUCUACACCGCUGAGAUUUAUCCCACUGUACUCAGGAACGUCGGCAUGGGAAUGUGUUCUUCUGCUGCACGCAUUGGCAGUAUCACAGCUCCUUAUGUCAUCUAUUUAGGCACUUAUAAUAAGGUUCUGCCUUACAUUCUCAUGGGAAGUCUCACAAUAGCCUCCUCUGUGGUUAACUUCUUCCUGCCAGAGACCCUCAGUAAAGAUCUUCCAGAGACAGUGGAGCAGAUGCAGGAAUGUCAGGGGUUGUGCCAUGGACCCAAAAAGAGGAAAUAUAUAGAAAAUGGAGGAAGUGUGAACCCACCUGUACAACAUGAGGACAAAUCUGAUGUGCACCCAUAGUUUCCUUGAUGGAUUUUCUUUAGUUUUGAGAAAGAAAGAAAGAAAGAAAGAAAGAAAGAAAGAAUGAAUCUGAAAAUGCACAGUGGGGAUUCAUAGGUCAAUUUCCAAGAACUGUUUUUUUUAUCAUUAUUAUUUUUUUACUCCGUUGGUUCUUGUCAAUUCAAGAACAAUUUUUAGAAAUGUUGCAAAGAAAAAUUGUACAUCUUUAAAUUUUUGUAUGAAAAUUGAAACACUUGUAUAUCAGAUCAGUCUCUAAUAUUUUUGUCACACAAUACAUGUAAUUAAAAAAUGAACAUAUGAACCCUUCUAA